CGGCAAGCAAUUAUUUGCUAGGUAACACGACUAGACUGAAUCGAGUUCCAAAUUGGAAGGGGAAAAUCAAGGUGUCAUUUAAGGCUCAUUUUCUAGGUGGUUGCUUGAAAAACACCAGAAACAGAAGUUAGUCAUGUGCAAUCCCCACCCACAUCUUUAGGGGACUGGAAAAUAUUUCAAAAUGCACAAUUUAAACGCUCAAAGCUGAUCAUACACAUUACCGUACAUAAAUGUCAGCCAAACAUCUAAUGCAUGUCGGGGUCUCCCAAUGACAGAUGUUGGGGGGAGAAUGACUGGGCAGCUGGAUUUAAACUUCCUGAUCGGGGAGACCUGUCCAGCAUCAACAUGGAUGUUGACAACAAUACCAGUAAUGGAACCUUGUGUGACCUCUAUUACCAUCACAACACGGCAAGGAUUUUGCUGCCAAUAUUCUACAGCAUGAUCUUCUUGUUUGGAUUGCUUGGAAACAUCCUGGCUAUGUUUGUCAUCCACAAAAACAGGCGGAAGCUAAACUCAACCACUCUCUAUUCGAGAAACCUGGUCAUUUCUGACAUAUGUUUUGCCAUCGUCUCACCUUCCAGAAUUGUGUACUAUGCAAAGGGUUUUGACUGGACAUUCGGAGAAGCAUUUUGUCGGAUAACCGCACUUUUUCUGUACAUUAAUACUUAUGCUGGAGUAAACUUCAUGACCUGUCUGAGCGUCGACCGUUUCUUUGCAGUGGUGCAUCCGCAUCGUUACAACAGAAUAAGGAGGGUGAAGUUUGCCAAGAUCAUCUGCAUUUGCGUUUGGUUGCUGGUCUUCUUCCAAACAUUUCCACUUCUUAUACAGCAAAUGUCUCAAACGGAGCUACACACUGGGAAAACACGGUGUAUGGAAUACCCAAUCUUUGAAGCCAUAGACAAUUUGCCAUAUAUACUUCUUGGGGCAUGUUUUAUUGGAUUCUACCUACCUUUGGUAAUAAUACUGUAUUGCUAUUCUCAGAUAAGUAUUAAACUCUGCCAGACUACAAAGAAGAAUCCAUUAUCUGAAAAAACUGGCACCAACAAAAAGGCGACUAACACAAUCAUUUUAGUGAUUGUGGUGUUCCUUAUUUGUUUUACCCCGUAUCACGUGGCUAUUACUCAGCAUAUGAUCAAGAAACUUAUUUAUCAGCCAGACUGCGAAGAGCAGAAACUAUUUCAAGUAGUCCUUCAUGUCACGGUUUGCCUGAUGAACUUAAACUGUUGCCUGGAUCCCCUCAUUUACUUCUGUGCAUGCAAAGGAUACAAGAAUCAGAUUCUGAAAAUAUUAAAACGGCAGGCUAGCAUUACCUCAUCCAGCGCCACAAGGCCAGCGGCUGAAGAAAGCUCACGUGAUCUCACAGAAAGCCAAAUGAUGCAAAGUAUACCAUUAAACCAUAAAGUAAACCAAUCUGUGAGUAAAAAAUAAUACUGGGAGAAAAAAACCUCAUGUCAGAGCCCUUCCUAAUCAACCAUAACAGAAAGACUUAUUUUGAAAUAUUGCACCCUCUGGAGGACACGGCUAAUAUUUAAGGGUACUUUCACACUUGCGGCAGGACGGAUCCGACAGGCUGUUCACAAUGUCGGAUCCGUCCUGCGGCUAUUUCGCUGUGCCGCUGGACCGCCGCUCC